AUGAUGAUGAGAGGGGCAGCUGUGAUGGUGAUAAUGGUUUCUCUUUCAAACGCCAUGUUCUUCUUCUUAGCUUCUGGCUACGAAUUCUACGCUCUGUGCAACAAAGCCAAGUUCCCGGAUACUGACCCACUGGAGAGUGCUGCCGAAGCUGCGCUAGCCAACUUGGUGAACGGCGAGGUGACCGGCCUGCAUCGUUGCGCUGAUGGAACUUCUGACAUCUACACAAUGCACGGCGAAGCUAGCUGUGGAAGCUCGGAUGGCUGCGACGACUGCCUCGACGCCGCCAAAAGUUACUUGCUGUCGAUUUGCAGUGGUCACCUUGGAGGCCAGGCGCACGACAACAGUGGUUAUUGCUCCAUCAGGUUCGAGAACUACAUUUUCUGCACAUGA